AUGGAGGACAAAACGAUGUCCAAGCGCCUUAGUGACGACUCUACGUACGACUCGAAGAAGCUUAGUAAGCGCGAGAAGCACACAUUAGACUCCAGAGUCAACAAAAACAAACGCUCUGUGCAGCUUUCUUUUCUGAUAGGGUUAGUUAACCAAGUUUGUGGUGUGACGUAUGAACGACCGAGAAAGCGCUCGAGUCAGACGCAUCAGUUUUUUAAGGUGAAAACGUUGAAUUUUAAAGACGAAGUGGUGAACGUCGAGAACUUCCUCGAAGCGCAGUGCAAGUGGUGUUCAACACAACCGCAUCAACUCUCAAAGAAAAAUUUGAAACAUAAAAUGGACGAAGAAAAGAUGGUUGUUCUCUUUGAAUUUUUGGUCGACGUUGCGACGGAGUUUGGGUUCCUCUUUUUCACGUCGAAAAUGAAGAACAAAUUCAACAGAAACAAAAUCGACUUCAUCGAGGAAAUUUACUUUGGGAACAAAUUGGCGUUUGGGUACAAGCAAAUUGAAGUCAUCGGGGAAAGAAUCAACGCUCAACUGUUUUCUAUGACCAGUGUACAAUGCAAAGAACAUACUCUUUUGAUUAAAGACAUUGCUCUUAAUACACACUUUGAGAGAAAGUGA